AUGACUACACAACAAGCUUCAAAGUCAGAAAGUCCAGACGAAAAGAUUAUGCCUACCAUGGACACAUCUCACUCUUCAUCGAAAACCUCAAUCAGUCAAAUUACGGAUCACACAUCAAGGGAUACAUCUUCGGGUUCUCCAGUCGAAAUUAGAGAACUUAAGAGCGCUCUCAUCAGUAUUCCACAAGAAAUUCGGGACAUGAUUUACUCAUACCUUCUAGUCAACCCAGUCCUAGGACAAGCCGCUUCAGUUUCGUCAGAAACCACCUAUGGAAAUACUCAGAAGUACGAUCUAGACACUGCAAUCCUUUGUGUUUGUAAGCAGACAUACCGGGAAGGCAUUUCUAUCUUGUACAAAAACCCCAUUUUCAUAGACUGCAGCAACAGUCCUGGUGAUUGGGAUUUCCAAGAUGGAAUCUUCGAGAAAAGUUCUGGGGAAAUUGAAGAAGACGAACGAAAUGGAAUCCAGGAGCCCUAUAUCAUCAAUCUCUGCCCACUAACCCGUUAUUUAAAUUGGGAGCCUAAAGAACAUCAGGAGAAACCGUUGUUUCGCGAUACCCCAAGCAUUGAGAAAGUAAAGAGUUGGAACGUCCUCUUGAACUCAUUCCAAACAAAACUUUUCAGCUCGAAUGCUUUCGCCGAAUUCUGUGUUUCAGUGUCUCCGUAUCCGAAUAUCUCCCUAAACAUCUCAAUUCUGCCCAUGAACUUCCAUGAAGACCAAACCAACACAGAAAUAAUAUCAUUUUCCUUGGAUGAAGGCCUUGCUGAAAAUCUGCUACCAUUGAAAAUGAUACGGAAUAUCAAGACACUCGUUAUCAAAUGUGCCGAGCUUCCUGUGAUUCCGGACUACUGUUAUGACCGAGAUGAUCAAGGAAAAAAGACAUGGCCUGCGGACUUGAGCGUACCUGACUUACCUUCGCCAGAGCUUAUCAGUGAGUACGACAAGAUUACUGGCGGAGACACUCCGAUUAUUGAAUGUUUAGGUCUUCUCAGUGCAAGAUUGAAUGAGUAUUUCUGGUUGUUCCAUUGUGCAGAAAUUGUACUGAUUGACAGAGAGUCCGUUGGCAUCCGACGCAACAUCAGAGUGUAUGAUGUUUCAAUUCGCCCGCCCGAGGCUGUUGAUGGUGGACUAGUUAUUCAAGAAGACGAACAAAGUUUCCUCGAUUGUGGAGAGCUAGUUGUAGUGAUGAGAAAUUCUCCUCUUGAGAACACUGAAACCGCUGAGGACGUUCUUCGUUUGAAGCAGUACCGAAGAGAACUACUUAAAGUCCUAGAGCCUGAGUACCAGAAUAUUCGUGCUCAUUCCAUUAGAUUUCGGGAGUUCUUUCGAAGCGAAAGCGACCCAACUGGAAUUUUUGUGAUUGGGCCUUCCAAAGCUGUUGAUCGACUAGAUUAUUGGUCCAGGGUGACGAGAGCUAUGGAAGAACUGGAGAGAUACGAAUACUCAUUUGUAAGGGGAAAUUGGGAAAAACUGAGCCUUUCUUUGGCAGAAGGGAAUAAGUAUGUUGUGUUUGCGUACGAUUCGGUCGAGUCAGGAAAACUGAUGAAGAAAAUAGCCUGGGCAUACGAAAGAAGAAGGUGGAGGAAUUUCAUGUUUUAUUACAAAAUCGCCAUUGGACGCAUGGAAAAGCUCUAUUUCAAACUAAGAUGGUGCCGAGCGGAUCUGUUCAAAUGGGAUAUUUCAGACAGAGGCUCUGAUCUGGACGCUCACUACGAUGAGGCUGAGGCAAUUGUUUGGCCUAAGCCAGAGUCAAAUGCAGAACUCGACCGAGAGCAUAUAAUGGAGAUUUCCAAGGGUGAAACAAGUGAUGAGGAUCUUGAUGAUUGUAUAUGCGUUUGGAGUAAUGCUGAUUAUGAUUACGAUGAUGAGGAUAAUCACUGA